AUGUAUCAGCGCGAUCGUAACCAAUCACUUUUCCUUGGGGGGGAGAGAAUUUCCGGAAGCGAAGUACGAAAUCAGAAUGUACUUGCUGUUAUGUCUAUUGCGAAUAUUGUGAAAAGCUCGCUUGGUCCAGUAGGCCUGGACAAAAUGUUAGUUGAUGAUAUUGGUGAUGUUACAAUAUCAAAUGAUGGAGCUACAAUUCUCAAUUUGCUUGAAGUUGAGCACCCUGCUGGACGUGUUCUUGUAGAGCUGGCUCAGCAACAGGACAAAGAAGUUGGUGAUGGGACAACAUCGGUCGUUAUAAUAGCUGCAGAACUUCUUCGCCGUGCAAAUGAACUCGUAAAGAAUAAAAUUCAUCCAACCACAAUUAUUACUGGUUAUCGGUUUGCUAGUAAAGAAGCAUGUAAAUACAUUGCCGAUAAUCUAACUACCAAGGUUGAUACAUUGGGACGUGAUUGCCUUGUAAAUGUUGCAAAGACAAGUAUGGCCAGUAAGAUCAUUGGAUCUGACGAUGAGUUUUUUGCAAAUAUUGUUGUGGAUGCGAUUCUUGCCGUUAAAUCUACAAAUUCUCGUGGCGAAAUAAAAUACCCUGUUAAAGCUGUCAAUGUUCUCAAGGCACAUGGUAAAAGUACUCGAGAAUCUCUUUUUGUUAAAGGAUAUGCUCUGAAUUGUACUGUUGCAUCCCAAGCCAUGAAAACAAAGAUCACGAAUGCAAAAAUAGCGUGUCUAGAUAUGAAUCUUCAGAAGGCAAGGAUGCAUUUGGGUGUUCAUAUCACUGUUGAUGAUCCAGAAAAGUUAGAAGAUAUUCGUAAACGUGAAGCUACCAUCACAAUUGAACGUGUUCAGAAGAUUAUUUCUGCGGGAGCCAAUGUUAUCUUUACAACAAAGGGUAUUGAUGACCUCUGUUUAAAAUUAUUUGUGGAAAAUGGAGCUAUGGCUGUUCGUCGCUGUAAAAAAGAAGAUUUAAGAAGAAUUGCAAAAUCUACCGGAGCCACGCUUAUUUCCACACUUGCUAAUCUUGAGGGAGAGGAAACAUUUGAACUUUCAUAUCUUGGUACUGCAGAAGAAGUUGUUCAAGAGCGUAUUUCAGAUGAUGAGUGUAUUCUUAUUAAAGGCACUAAAGCUCAAAAUUCAUCUUCCAUCAUUUUACGUGGUGCCAAUGAUUACAUGUUGGAUGAAAUGGAAAGGGCUUUACAUGAUUCAUUGUCCGUCGUGAAAAGGACUCUGGAAAGUGGUGCCGUUGUUCCAGGUGGUGGUGCAGUUGAAACAGCGUUGAGCAUUUAUUUGGAAACUUUUGCGACGACUUUGGGAUCACGAGAGCAGCUUGCUAUAGCUGAAUUUGCAAAUUCACUUCUUGUAAUACCAAAAACACUUGCUGUAAAUGCCGCAAAGGAUUCAACUGACUUAGUUGCAAAAUUAAGAGCAUAUCAUAAUGCGUCCCAAAACGCUACCCCAGAUGAUCCAAAAAAAAAUCUAAAAUAUUACGGCCUUGAACUUCUUAAGGGUGAAGUUAGAGAUAAUUUGAAAGCCGGCGUUGAACCGGAACAAAGAGGUGGAGAAGAUGAUGGUCAUGGCCAUUAA